GUGGCCAGCCUUGCAACUUAAGACUCAGAAUUGCUUGGGCUGUAGCUCAGUGGCAGGGCUUACUUGCCACGGGUUGGGUCCCCGGUUUCUAUCCCAGCACUGUGAAAAGGAACGUUCCCAGCAAUUCUUGAUUAUAUUUUACAUUUCUCUAUAGAAAAGCAUUGGUGCCUGAGGGGUGACUUAGCAACAUUUGCUUGGCAUGCCAAGGCUCUGGGUUACAUCCCCAGCACCAAAAACUGAAAACAAUGAGUUAGUUUUCUGACACUCGCCAAUGUUUGGAGUACAACAGGCCAUCCGUUUGGAUAGCAAAAUGUCACUUCAGUUUCUCAUUAACUCAAUCACGACACCGGUUGGCUUGCAAACUCAUGGACAAUGUUUCUUUUGAUUUUGAGGCAGCCUCACAUAGCCUGGAACUCCUAUCCCUCCAUCUCCUGCACGCUGAGAUUAUACCUGUGUACCACCAGGCCCUGUUUUUUUUUAAAAGACAAAGGUUUCAGUCUGUAGCCCAACCUGGCUUCAGACUUUCAGCUCUGUCCCCACCUCAAGUCUCCCAAAUAGCUGGGGUACCCCUGAAGUCCAGAGUGAGAUAGCUUGCGUGUCCCAAGUCUUCAGCCAGGUUUGAAGCUACUGUGGCCCCAGGGGUAGACAGGGGUCUGGGAGUCAGUCAUAGUGCCUGCCCUUCUUGGCAAGCUAAUGUAUCUGGCGCAGAAAGAGUUACAGUCGGGUCCCUCCCUGUCCCCAGAGCCAUCUGUAUUGCUUAGCAACAGCUGUGCCAGGCAGGACGCACAGACCUCCCCAGAGCUCCACCGGCCAGACCUACAUACACAGGCAAGCCAGUGUUCAUUUGUGCUCACAAUGGACACCGUGAAUGCCACCAUAGAAAGGCUGAGAGCCCAGUGUCUAUCCCGAGGGGCCUCAGGAAUCCAGGGCCUGGCCAGGUUUUUCCGCCGCCUGGACAAGGAUGGUAGCCGGUCCCUGGAUGCAGAGGAGCUGAGGCAGGGCCUGGGACAGCUGGGGCUGGAUGUGGGGGAGGCAGAGGCAGAGGCACUGUGCAAGCGCUGGGACCGUGAUGGCAGUGGGAUGCUGGACCUGGAGGAGUUCCUGCGGGCAUUACAGCCCCCUAUGUCCAAGGCCCGAGAAGCCGUCAUUGCAGCUGCCUUUGCCAAGCUGGACCAGACAGGGGAUGGUGUGGUGACCGUGGACGACCUGCGAGGGGUAUACUCUGGCCACGCUCACCCCAAGGUGUGCAGUGGAGAGUGGCCGGAGGAUGAGGCCCUCCAUCAAUUCCUCGACAAUUUUGACACAUUUGAGAAGGAUGGGCAGGUCACACUGGCAGAGUUCCAAGACUACUACAGGGGACUCAGCGCUUCAGUGGACACUGAUUCAGAGUUUGUGGCCAUGGUGAGCAAUGCCUGGCGCCUCUGAUGUUGUAGCCCUCAGCUGCCUGACAACUGCCCUUAGCCUAGUCCCCUGACCCAUCUGCUACUGUUACCACUGUCCUGGGGCCCCAACUAGACACAGGGAGGGG